AACAAAACCGAUCUUUCUCCUUUCCCGUGACAACGGCGCGCACACACCAAUCCCAAAGCAAAGCCAAGCAAACCAGACCAACACACGGCGCAAAAUCUUCCGACCUCCUCCUCCUCCUCAGCACCCGCUCCCCCCUUACCCCCCGCCCCGCGCGUAGCCCCGCCCUCCGCCCCAGAUCCGCGGCCAUGGCGUCGCGCAGGCGAAUGCUCCUCAAGGUCAUCAUCCUCGGCGACAGCGGGGUCGGGAAGACGUCGCUGAUGAACCAGUACGUCAACAACAAGUUCAGCAACCAGUACAAGGCCACCAUCGGCGCCGAUUUCCUCACCAAGGAGGUCAAGAUCGACGACCGCCUCUUCACUCUACAGAUAUGGGACACGGCUGGACAGGAACGUUUUCAGAGUCUCGGUGUGGCGUUUUACCGGGGAGCUGACUGUUGUGUUCUUGUAUAUGAUGUCAAUGUUACCAAGUCGUUUGAAAAACUCAACAACUGGCGUGAGGAAUUUCUAAUUCAAGCUAGCCCAUCAGAUCCAGAGAAUUUCCCUUUUGUUUUACUUGGAAACAAGAUUGAUGUUGAUGGUGGUAACAGCAGGACUGUUUCUGAGAAAAAGGCUAAAGCUUGGUGUGCUUCCAAGGGAAACAUCCCUUAUUUUGAGACGUCUGCUAAAGAAGGCUUCAAUGUGGAAGCAGCUUUCGAGUGUAUAGCAAGGAAUGCUAUCAAGAAUGAACCUGAAGAAGAUAUAUAUCUCCCUGAUACAAUCGACAUGGGCGGUGCUGGAAGGCAACAACGCUCGUCAGGCUGUGAAUGCUAGAAGAUAAGGAUCCCCCUCAGUUGUGCUCGCUCUUCCCGAGUUUGAUAUAUAUAUUUAGUUUGAAAGCUGCUAUCUUGUAUCGGUUGCUACAUAUGGUUGUCUAGUAUUCGCUCCCUUCUAGCGAGAUGGGAGAAAUUUCAUUCAUAACUUCUGAUUCUUUGUAUGAGCGUUAGAUGGUAUAGAGUUGGCAUUCUUUUUAGUUUUUGCGAGGUUUUGGUUGUCGUGGUGCGUACAUAUCCCAGAAAGAUCAAAUAUAUAUAUUUAUGAAGAUUGUAAAUGGACA